CAAUAAAAAGAAGGUGGACUGAAUCCCUUUACCAAACAAAAAGAACUUCUUCUUCCCUUUUUUUUUUUUUUUUUUCUCAUUCUCUUCCUCAUUUUUUUUAAUCAUUUAAUUUCCCUCCUGAAAUCCUAAAAGAACCUCCCAAUCCCGCCAAAAUGCUCUAUUCACCCGUUCCCCGAAGAAACGACGCCGUCAUCUUCCAUCACUCAUUUCAGUCAUGGGACUUUCCGGCGCACUGAGGGCACUCAAAUCCUCCAAUAUCAUCUCUUGGAAAUCCAGCGGACGAUUUCAACAAACCCUAGGAAGACACGUGGAGGUGACAGGGAAAGGUCUCCAUUCGGGCAAGGAAUCAACCGUUAUGAUAUGGCCCGAAUAUGCCGGAAAAGGAAGAUACUUUGAUUUCAGAUCUUCAAAGAAUCAUUCAAUUCCCGCAUCAAUUGAUUUUGUUCUACAAAACUCUCCUCUUUGCACUACGCUUUUCAGUGAACGGCUUAAAGUUCAAACUGUAGAGCAUUUACUUUCGGCUCUUGAAGCUACUGGAGUUGAUAAUUGCAGGAUUCAGAUUUUUAAUAAUAAUAAUAAUAACGAGGAUGAUUGCAGUUUUGAGGUUCCGAUUUUGGAUGGUUCGGCCAAAAAAUGGGUGGAGGCAAUCGAGGAUGCUAGUUUAGUAGAGGCGAUCGAUGAAUGGGGAAAUAAAAGUGAAAGAUUGUCUCCGUAUUUAAUCGAGCCGGUUUAUGUACAAAAGAAUGAUUCUUUUGUUGUUGCAUUUCCUUCCGAUAAACUUUGCAUUACUUAUGGGAUUGAUUUUUCUCAGGUUCGUGCCAUUGGUCGCCAGUGGUUUUCUGUAGCUCCAUUGGAUGACAAUUCUUACAUCAAAGAAAUAGCUUCAUCGAGAACUUUUUGCGUAUAUGAAGAGGUGGAGCUCAUGCGCCAAAUGGGGCUCAUUAAAGGGGGAUCAUUAGACAAUGCCAUUGUUUGCAGUGUCAGUAAAGGUUGGUUAAAUCCACCACUGAGAUUCUCCGAGGAACCUUGUCGCCAUAAGAUCUUGGAUCUUGUUGGUGACCUUUCCCUGCUUGCACGGUUUGGUAAUCAAGGGCUUCCAGCGGCACACAUAGUAGCUUAUAAGGGUGGACAUUCGCUGCAUGCUGAUUUUGCGCAUUGCUUAAACGAAUCAUUCAGGAGCUAAAUUUCUUCAAAAUCAAGAGAUGAGGGCAUUGGUUGUAGAGAUUCACACAGGUUAUUCAGCCCUCUCAUGCAAUGAGAUUGUGAUCAAUCGAAGAGACAUGUCAAAAUUAUACCAGUUAUUUUCUUUACAAAGUGAAAUUAUAUCACUUGUAGGAAAAAACAAAAAAGAAUAACAUGAUAUCUACCUUAACAUGUGCAGAAACUUCGACACUGUGGUUAACAGCUACAUGGUCUAACACCGACUUACUCCAGCUGCUUAAUGGAAUAGUUCUUUAGGAGAAUUAUGGUACACAUGAAAUGAAUAGCUUGAGCUGCUUAAUGGAGUAGUUCCUUGGGAGAAUUGUGGUACACAUGUAAUGAACAUUUUGUGGAGCUAAAAUAAGUCUCCUCUCACUAUCUAGUGAAGGUAGAAUACAAGUCUAAACUAAAUUUAGUCUUUAUUAUUUGUAUAAUAUAAUUGUGAUGCUUUAAAAUGAA